AUGGCAAUGGCACCAGUAAUCAAGCUGGUUCUAGGCUCAAUAGCGUUUGCCAUUUUCUGGGUAUUAGCAGUCUUCCCUUCCGUGCCAUUCCUACCAAUCGGUCGAACCGCCGGUUCUCUGUUCGGAGCAAUGCUAAUGGUUAUCUUCCAAGUCAUAACCCCGGAGCAUGCUUACGCAGCCAUCGACCUCCCGAUCCUCGGCCUCCUCUUCGGCACAAUGGUCGUUAGCAUCUACCUCGAGAGAGCUGACAUGUUUCAGUACUUGGGCACAUUGCUCUCUUGGAGAAGCAGAGGACCUAAAGACUUGCUUCUUCGUGUCUGUCUUGUCUCCGCUGUCUCAAGCGCUCUCUUCACCAACGACACGUCUUGUGUGGUCCUAACCGAGUUUGUCUUGAAGAUCGCUAGGCAGAAGAACCUCCCGCCACACCCGUUCCUGCUCGCUUUAGCCACGAGCGCCAACAUUGGAUCUUCCGCUACUCCGAUUGGGAAUCCGCAGAAUCUUGUCAUCGCUGUGCAGAGCAAGAUCCCGUUUUGGGAGUUUCUUCUCGGAGUGUUUCCUGCGAUGAUUGUUGGCAUUACCGUCAACGCUCUGCUUCUUCUCGCCAUGUAUUGGCGGUUACUGUCUGAUCAUAAAGAAGAGGAGGAAGAGGAAGAAGAAGAAGAGAAUGCGGUUUCUGAAGCCGUUGUUGAAGAAGAUGUUCAAUCUCAUCGGUUCUCGCCAGCUACAUUGCCGCAUCUCAGCUCUUUCAGAUCCGAAGAUUCGAGCUUGAGAAUGGAUCCUGAGACGCUUAGAAACAGAGCCGUUUCUGCAGCUGAGAACGAAAUUACAAACCGAAAUGCGUCAGAGUCUCAAGGAGAGAGCAGUAACGUUAACAACAUGUUCCAAAUCAAGAAAUGGAGAAGAGUGUUUUGGAAGUCAAGUGUGUAUUUGAUCACGUUAGGGAUGUUGAUAUCUCUCGUUAUGGGUUUGAACAUGUCGUGGACCGCGAUUACAGCGGCUCUAGCGCUCGUCGUUCUUGAUUUCAAAGACGCAAGGCCGUCACUAGAGAAGGUGUCGUAUUCGCUUCUGAUAUUCUUCUGUGGGAUGUUCAUAACUGUCGAUGGAUUUAACAAAACUGGUAUCCCAACGGCUCUAUGGGAUCUAAUGGAGCCAUAUGCGAAGAUCGACCAACCAAAAGGAAUCGCGGUUCUCGCGGUUGUGAUUCUUGUACUCUCUAACGUAGCCUCCAAUGUACCAACCGUGCUUUUGCUGGGAGCGAGAGUGGCGGCGUCGGCGGCGGGAGGGGAGGAGGAGAAGAAGGCGUGGCUGAUGCUGGCGUGGGUGAGCACGGUGGCUGGAAACUUGACGUUGCUUGGUUCGGCGGCUAACCUGAUAGUGUGUGAGCAAGCUCGUAGAGCAGUGAGCCAUGGCUACACUCUCACUUUCACUAAACACUUCAAGUUUGGUUUGCCUUCUACACUCAUCGUCACUGCCAUUGGUCUCCUCCUCAUCAACUAA